AUGAUUCCAUUUAAGAAAUUAGCAGCACUUUUUAUACGUACUUUCUCAAAGCCAGUUGCCAAUAUCAUCAAAAGAUAUGCUUUGAACAAUAACAAUAACAGAUCAUUUGGAAGAAGGAUUGUCAGAAAUAGUUUUAUUUUUUUAGGAAAUAAAUAUCAUGCAUUUGAUACUUAUUUGGAAAGAGCCUCUAUUGGUUAGACAAAUCAAUAAUUUUUUAUUAAACCAUUAACGGAUGAAGCCGCAUUUAUGAAAGGCACUGAUCUAUUUUCAGAUUUAUUUAUAUAUGCAUGUGUUUUGGGAUUGCCUUUGUAUGAGAUCAUGAGACAAUCAAAUGAGUCUGCAAAAAAGGAAGCCAUUCAGGAUGAAAAAUUGCACAAACUAUCAAAAGAAGUUGAAGAAUUGGAGUUAAUUGAAUCUAAAAUAAAAGAGAAAUAAAUUUAGAUAGCAUAAUUAGACACAACACUAAUUGAACAAAUAUCAUAAACAAGCUAUCAAUUUGAAUAGCAAAUAUAAAACAUCUUUAAUGAUUUAAAUAAGAAUUAAUGA